GCGCGCUUCUAGUUGCCAGGGCAACAGCGUUCCUUGAAGCAGCCCGCUGCCUCUUUCAUCUUCACAGAGGAGGCGGUGGCGGGAAAACCGGUCCCCUUCGAAGGGAAGUGUAUGACGCUCGAAUGUCAGUGGAGCCAGUCAGUACCUAGACGUCCAGCCAUCGUCCCCACGGAAAAGUUGAGGGACCGCGUGGACCACGGGCAGAGGAUGUCAAUGGAUAUUAUAAAAGGAAACCUAGAUGGAAUUUCAAAACCAGCCUCAAGUUCAAGAUCACGUCCUGGGAGCCGAAGUUCAAACGGUUCUCUGGAGGUGCUCUCGCCAGAACCAGGGCCUGUCAAGAUUGACAUGGUGAACAAGCUGAAUUCUGGCAAAGAGGGCCACACAUCGGACAGUAGAGUGGAAGAAAGAAGGAAGAUCAGUGACGACGAGUGGGCGGACAACCCCAGGAGCACAGAACCAGCCCAAGAGAGCUCAGACGAAGACUCGAACCUGAGCCAACCUCAGGGGACCCCUGAGCAUUCAGAUGAUCCCAAGUUAGAAGGGACGGAUGCUGUACUUCAAAAUGCCAUUCAUAAGAUGCACAGACUCGACAAGAUAUUGGCCAAAAGACGAAUUAGAGAAAAGGAAAUUAAAAAGCAAGGCCUAGAAAUGAGAAUUAAGCUGUGGGAAGAGCUCAAGUCUGCAAAAAACACUGAAGACUUGGAAAAUGACGAGGAGCUGGAAAACACUAAAAAGUUUUUGUACUUGACUUCCAAAUCUGCAGGGACAGCAGCUGUAGAGCCAUUGCACUGCAAAUUCGAAGAUGACCUUUUCUCAGUGUUUCAUACUCAGAUUCCUCAGGAAACUUACGAAAAUCACACGGAGAAGGACUUUACCUGUGAUGUGGAGAAAAAUGGGCCAUUGAUCAAAACAGAAAAGCAACCGUUUUCAAAUACAGAAGCGAUUGAGCCUAGGAGCGAACACAGCCAGGUUUUCAUUAUACGGAACGCUGAACAUAGUCAGGAUUUUAUUAAGCGAAACAUUGAGUUGGCCAAGAGUUCAAGAAGCCCAGUGGUUAUGGUUGAAGGAGAGAAGAAACGUCUGGAUGAGCUCCUGAAAGGCUUAGAAGAUACAGACUCAGGACUGUCCAGUUCCGAGGGCGAUCAGUGUGCUUGGCUGGUUCCAGGAGAAGGCUAUACCCUUGCAGCCACCGAGUCUCAGCAGCUUGCUGAGAUUGACAUAAAGCUCCAGGAGCUCUCCGUGGACUCUCCUGCCGUCUUCAGCCUUGAAAGUCAGAGCAACAAGGGUGAUAUGGAACAUGACUCCAAUGAAGAAAGAAAUACGGAACCAACUCCAGGGGAGAAGAUACUCCGGGACAACAAAGAGCAAAGGGACCGUGAGUCUCGGCUGAGAGCCAUCGAUGGGAAGCUGAAAGAGAUCAAUGAACAGGUUGAGGAAUGUCCAGUGAUAACUCCCGGUAAACGGAAUGAGCGGAUUACGUGGAGAUGGCUACUUGCUAAAAUCCUUGAGCCCGAGUGUAAGCUAAACCCCCCAUCCCGUCUUUCUGAGGAACAGCUGAAGUGUCUUCUGGACGAGUGUGUAUCCAAACAGAAGGGCAUCAGUCUGGGUCUUUCUUCUGAAAGAGAAAACAAAGACACUGGUGCAGCAGUUGGGUCCUCACAGCUUUGCCCACCCACCGUCUGUGAGUUACUGGAGGAGUCCGAAGCCAAGGUCCAGAAAACUCAGCUAGAUGAUGCGAACAGGCUUGAGAAUGAGGGAUGUACGCACUCCACAGACUCCUAUCUUACCAAGGCCUUGGCUGGGCACUACAAACCAGAAGCUCUCCUCAUCGAAGUAGAGACCAUGAAGCACCUCCAGUUCUCCAAGGAGGAGGCUUUCAAUGAUGCAGCAGACUAUUUUAUGUCAAAGACCAUUGGCAUUGGGAGACUGAAAAAGCCCCCUUUCUUGGAUGAUCCCCUGGAUGACAUCAGCAUGAACUCCUCCUCAGACGACCAACAGUCGAAAAUCAGCCUUGCGGAGAAAUCAAUAGGAGAUGGACAGGAGACUGGGGAUGCUGUGAAUGAACCAGGAGAGCAACGCGAAGCAUGACUUUCUAGGGUUUAAACUUAAGAAAGUUGAAAAUUGGCACUAUAUUUUUUCUGAAUUCUUUGUAUUCAAUGAAUGCAACAUAGAGACUAUUCCUCAAAUGAUAUCAACAUUUGAAUUCCCUUCUUUGCUGAUUGUAUUUCUUUGAUGUUUUUGAAGCUUGGGGUGUAAAUGUGAAAUGGUUGGCUUUUUAUCAUUGAUAUUCCUAGGAAAUUUGUUUACAACUCUAUCACUAAUCUUGCAAUCUCAAGGAUACUUUGUAAAAACCAACGUUGUAACAUAUGCACGCUGUGCUAAUCUGG